CAAUGAGUUCACCUGAAGAAGCUGAAAAUAUUAAAAUGUUCUUUCAUCAUCAACAUUCAUUUAUAAUCUCAAAGAUCAUAUUUACUGCAAGUGAGCUGGGUGUCUUCGAUUUGCUGAGGAAGUCGGGGGAACUGCUGCCCUCUGACACUGUGGCUGAGCGCUUGAAGACCAGUCUCACUGGGAUGCAGAUGCUGCUGGAGACCUGUGUGGGGUUAAAGGUCCUGAAAGUGGAAUGGAAGGAGGGCAAAGGUUUUUAUGGAAACACAGAGUUUGCGGACCUCUUUCUUGCUAAAUCAAGCUCAAAAUCUCAGUAUUAUUCCAUGAAGUUCUAUUCAGAAACUAUAUAUCCAGCAAUGCAAUAUUUGACUGAAGCUGUGAGGAAUGGGAAAUCUCAGAUUCUAUCAAUAUAUGGUGUUCCUUCAAAGGAAUUUUAUGGACCUCAGUACAGUUCAAAGGAAGGUGUUGAAAGCUUUUUCAGUUUCAUGAGUGAGGCUUGGAGUCUGUAUGGAAAAGAAAUGGUUUCUGCCUUUGAUCUUUCUGAAUUUCAUCUCAUUUAUGAUCUGGGUGGAAGUAGUGGUGGCUUAGCUAAGGAAUUAGUUUCAGUGUACCCAAAUUGUACCGUGAAACUUUUUGAUCUUCCUGGAGUUGUGGAAAUAUCAAAAAAAUAUAAUGAGUUUUCAGAUGAAUCCCAGAUCUCUUUCCAUGAAGGGGAUUUUUUUAAAGAUCCAAUUCCCGAAGCAGAUCUUUACAUCUUAUCAAGAGUCUUGUAUAACUGGAGUGAUGAAAAAUGCAUCCAGCUGCUAACAAAAGUAUUUACAGCCUGUAAGCCAGGUGGUGGAGUCUUAGCAAUGGAACCAAUUAUUGAUGACAAAAUAUCCGGGUCGCUUCCUGGUCAUUUCUACUGCAUCAUAAUGUUGCUUAUAUCUGAAGGAAAAGCACGGAAAGAAUCAGAACAUCGAAUGCUCUUCCAAACUGCUGGCUUUAAAGAUAUUCAGUUUAAGAAAGGAAAUGUUUAUGAUGUCAUUUUGGCCAGAAAAUAAUAUUCAACAUGCUUCAUUCCAGCUGAAUGUUAAAUAAUUCAAAUAAUAAAAAUGCUUUUUCUACUGUAUUGAUUCUAACCUGUGAGUGUACAGAUCAAGGGUGAAAUUAAAUUUUUUUGCUACCAGUUCUGUGGGCGUGGCUUAAUUAGUGGGCAUAAUGUGAAUGAUGUAGGAAUAGUACAGGGUCAGCUAUAUGAACACUGAAGGACCCUCUUUAUUCACAUUAUUAUAAGAAAGAAAUGUGCUUGUUUAGAGAUUACACUAAGUCGGCUAAAUUCCAUUCUUGGUAAUAUAUAUCUUCUGAGGGGCCUAGUUGUCAAGGAUGCAAGGACAUCCAUAUGAAACAAAAGUUACUUAUUAUCCAAAGCAGCCAUGAAUCUACGCAUCAGCAAUCACAGAACUGAGGAAGGUUGUUUAGCUAAGAUAAUCUUAUGAACUAGAAAAUAAUGUAGGAAUUUAAUAAUUUAGAAAGUAUCAAUUAUGUAACAAAUGUAUGUUAACCAUAUAUGGAAAACUGCUGUGCUCACAAAAUCCUUUGUCUUGGAUAUGUAUAAAAGCAGUUGUAUCAGAGCUCUUCUUGGUUCAGAAUUGCAGAUACAAAUCUGAUUCUGAAACUGCGCAAUAAAGUGUCUCUG